AUCCCUCGUUCCCCUGCACAGCCCCAGCUCCCCACACGAGAGGUGCCUUGUGCUCCCUUGGGUGUCUCUGCAGGCUGUUCCUCACGGGUCCCUGUGCUCUGCUCCCUCCCUGCCCUCUCUCCAGGUGAAGCUGCAGCCCCGAGCCAUGUCCUGCCCUGAGAAGUGCCAGACGUGCGAGCCCUGCCAGCCCUGCCGGCCCUGCCAGCCCUGCGGCCCGACCCCGCUGGCCAACAGCUGCAAUGAGUGCUGUGUCAGGCAGUGCCAGAGCUCCACCGUCGUCAUCCAGCCCUCCCCCGUGGUGGUGACCCUGCCCGGCCCCAUCCUCAGCUCCUCCCCUCAGAACACCGUUGUGGGCUCCUCCACCUCCGCUGCCGUUGGCAGCAUCCUCAGCUGUGAGGGAGUGCCCAUCAACUCCGGGGGCUUCGACCUCUCCUGCAUCACCAACCGCUACUGCGGCACCAGCUGCAGACCCUGCUAAAGCCACCGGUGCCAGCCCAGCCAAGGAGCCCCGCGACCCCAGCAGAUGACGCCCGCCUGAACGACGGAGACUGCGGCCGUGCCUUGGAGAGGGGCUGAGCGUGCCCCCCUCCUCCUGCAAAGGGAGUCAGCCCCGGGCAAGGGGCCAGCCUGGGUUCCCUGCAAACAUGGCCACUGCCUCGCAUUCCCUUCCUCCACUCUGUGCUUUCCCUCCUUUGCCUUUCUCGCUUUCUGCUCCCUGCAG